GUUCGACAGGGCAUGACAGGGAAGGCCAAACAGAUGUGAUAUGCGUUGUCUGCAGCAUGUCUGCUUCAACUCCUUGCGUCCGCUGAUCUCUCUCUCGUAUUUGUUGUUUCCUCCCUUCACAAAAAUUAUAUACGACGGCGUGAAGCGGUUAUAGACGACUAUUGAUUGAUCCAUUCUUCAUUCUUCCCCUUUUUACCCCGCCGGAGGUUCGAAACAUCCAACGAGUCACAACUCCACUGCUGCCUUGACUUGGCUGUUCAGUCGCUUCGCUUGCCAGUACAGACCUACAUUUUCCUUUCUCAUUUCUUCUCUUUUCCCUCUCUCUCCGUCUUGCUCUUCAGUCGGGUUUACGACCGCGCUACAUUUGACAUCCGACACUUCACACUAUGGGGAAACCCCCCGCCGCGAUCGUUAUUGCGAGACAUGGUGCCCGUCUCGAUGCCGCCGAUAAGAACUGGCAUCUGACGUCUCCAACCCCCUACGAUCCUCCGCUUUCUUAUGGCGGUUGGCUUCAAUCCCGUGCGCUGGGGGCUCGUAUCGUCAAUGUUUUACAGUCUCUGGACCUCACCCAGGAAAUCGAUGGCGAGACGUUGCCGUCGUUUCGCCCACGACCUUCCAAGCGAAAGCGUCGAAUCGUGAUUCAUUCCUCGCCCUAUCUUCGGUGUCUACAAACCUCGAUCGCUAUCAGUUCCGGGAUCAGCCAGCACUAUCCUGAUAGUACAGGACCAGGCCCGAGUCAGCCAAAUGGGUUCCUGUCCGCCCCCAUCAUGUCGCCAGCACAGGAGCCGAUCACUGGCGCAGUGACCAGUGCCUCUGCAGCUCCCGGUGAUCAGCGAUGUCUUCUGCGCGUCGACGCCUUUCUCGGCGAAUGGCUAUGCCCAGACUAUUUCGAUGAGAUUACCCCGCCCCCUAAGUCAGAGAGGUUGAUUGCCGCCGCCAAGGCCGAACUAUUACGCCGGGACAGCAUCGUACCGGAAGCCGAUACCAAACCUCCCACGGGCUUUUUCCCGGGUGGCUGGGGCAGCCUUGGCAACAAACCCCUGUCUCCCCCUAUUGAAGAGGAGGAUCACAAGGCCUAUUCCGGGUACACGUCAAACGAGCGUCGGGAGGGACAGAGACACCGGGCCGGCAGUUGUGACACCCUACGGUCCGCAGACACCCCACGCACCCGGAGGUUGCUCAGCAAAAUCAACACUAACCUCCCGCCUAUCCCCGAUGGGGCGUACAUGCCCCCGACGCCGAGCUAUGCCAUCUCGCCGUCCGAACCGAUUCCCACUGGGUAUGUCACGCACGCUCGGGAUGCUUGUGUGAGGAUCGACUAUCCGUGGGAUAGCAUGCGAGACCCGCCGAAUUGGGGAAAUGGGGGUGAGUACGGCGAAGAGUGGAGUACGAUGCACACCCGCUUUCAUAACGGACUGGAGCGGAUGAUCGGCUGGUAUCAGGAGCACGAUGCAUCCCUUCCCUCCGGUCGGCGUCGGCGUCACUCGCAAUUAUCCUUGUCCGAGACCGCAGAGGAGUCGAAGAUACCGGACGACGAGGACGAGCCCACCGACACGAUCCUGGUAAUCGUCACUCAUGGGGCAGGCUGCAAUGCGCUCAUCGGAGCCAUCACUGGCGAGCCCGCCCUCGUGGACAUCAAUACUGCGUCCCUCACCCUGGCAGUCCCGAAGGACCGUGUGGCUGUCCCAGAGAAAUUGGACGCGAUCGGCGGACCCGUCGUGCCGUAUCGUCCCGCGAACGAGCGGGCCGGGUUGCGCGAUUACAAGCUACAGCUGGUGGCUUCGACCGACCAUUUACGACCGGUCUCAAACGUCUCGACGUCCGUUCUCCCGUCGCCUAGUACUUUAACUUCUCCAUCGUCCGCGUACCGUCCACGAUUCUCGACCCGCCCGUCGUUACCGCAGGGCGGGUUCGUGAUCGGCCCUUCUGCUUUGUCCGGACCGGGCACCGGUUCGUGGACAUUUUCACGACCUUCCACCGCUCCUCGCAGUGCCAGUGGCCUGUGGGGCUCCAACUCCAUCUCGGCCGGGGACGCGGCGGACGAUAUAAUCCCCAACUUCGGUGAUUCCUGGUCGGGUUCCAAUGGGACUAGCAACAAUGACCACCACUCCGGCAAGAAGCCGGAAGAGUCGUCAGAUUGGACGCCCCAGCUUCCCCAGAGGACGCUCUCCCAACGAGGGCUCUGGGGAAGUGGGCCUUCGAAGGAGCCCCAUGUCAAGCGGCGCUGGACGGUGACCGAACGACGAGUUUAACCAGGGUAGAUUAGACCAUGCGCGGAAUACCUUUCUCAUCUUCUGUUUCACACAUUUAGCGGACUCGUCCCCCUUGGUUUCCCUAUUCCCUUUCCCCCUUUUUCCUUUUUCUUUUUCUUUUUCUUUUUUUCUUUUUUUUUCCUUUUCGGUUAUUCGGCGAGGCGUUUCUGGGAUCAUAGCGAAUCUGAG